AUGGCGUCUACAGAAGAGAGAAGCUUUUGCAAAAUCUGUAACAAAGAAAAACGAACUGUGAGAUGCGAUGGAUGUUUACAAUCAUUUUGUUAUGCUCACUUAACCGAUCAUCGACAAGGAUUAAACAUUCAAUUGGACUUAAUCGAAAGCAACUGUGAUCUAUUUCGACAAACACUCAAUGAUCAUACAAGCAAUCCUCAAAUGUCGUCCAUGAUGCAAAAAGUCAAUCAAUGGGAAAAAGAAUCGAUGGACAAAAUUCAACAAACAGCAGAUGAAUGUCGAAGAUUGAUUACUGAACAUUUAGAUAAGAACAUUCAUGAAAUCGAAGCUGAGUUCAGAAAGUUUGCUGAUCGAGUCAAAUACAUUCGCAAAGAAGAUGAUUUCAACGAAAUUGAUUUGAAUGAAUUUGAUACUAAAUUAAAACAAUUACAACAACAACUUCAUCAACCAUCUAUGUUUUCUAUUCAACAAAACUCGACUUCACUUAUCAACAAAAUUCAGAUUGUGACAUCUUCUGAGGCAAAACAUCAAAUAAAGAGCAAGAAUAUAGCUGUGCAAGUCAAAACUCCACUAGCAGCACCACUUUGGUAUCAACCAUUUCAAGUAUCUAAUGUUCGAAGAACAGACUCAAACUAUCCAGAAUGCAAAACUAGUACGACACAAUAUUCAGUCGAAGAUUGUGUUGAUGAUCCUCGAACAGAGAACAAGGACAAUGAUAUCAACCUUGAGACAUGUCCGAUGUGUUAUUGGCAAUUUCCACCAUCUAUGUCAAUGCCGGCAAAACACGAGCAUAUAGAAAGUCAUUUUUAA